CAGGAGCUAGAGUUUGAAUGGGUUUUAUAUAAACACUCACCCCUGUCAGCGUGCGGCCAGGCUCUCAGGAUAAACUCCCAGUGUCUAGCCUGAUGCUUGCCUGGCAAUCUCUGCCUUGAACGCCAAGGUUUAAGCAGAAUUCAGAGGACUGGAAACUCUUCCCUGAGAUUUGAUCAACCUGAAGCCAGUUGCGGAACUGCACAGGGUCCCGAUGGACCUGAAGGAGAGCCCCAGCGAGGGUAGCCUGCAACCUUCCAGCAUCCAGAUCUUUGCCAACACCUCCACUCUUCAUGGCAUCCGCCACAUCUUCGUGUAUGGGCCGCUGACCAUCCGGCGUGUGCUUUGGGCAGUGGCCUUCGUGGGUUCUCUGGGCCUGCUGCUCGUUGAAAGCUCUGAGAGGGUGUCCUACUACUUCUCCUAUCAGCACGUUACCAAGGUGGAUGAGGUGGUGGCCCAGAGCCUGGUCUUCCCAGCUGUGACCCUCUGCAACCUCAAUGGCUUCCGGUUCUCCAGGCUUACCACCAAUGACCUGUACCACGCUGGAGAGUUGCUGGCCCUGCUGGAUGUCAACUUGCAGAUUCCUGACCCGCAUCUGGCGGACCCCACAGUUCUGGAGGCCCUGCGACAGAAGGCCAACUUCAAACACUACAAACCCAAGCAGUUCAGCAUGCUGGAGUUCCUGCACCGGGUAGGCCAUGACCUGAAGGAUAUGAUGCUCUAUUGCAAGUUCAAGGGGCAGGAGUGUGGACAUCAAGACUUCACCACCGUGAGUACUUGGUUUUCAGUUUGUUCUUGUGCUUACUCUUCUGUAGAAGUGGUGCGCCGGUGGCCUUCUGUCUGAGUUGGGGUCUCUGCUGUGCGGGAGAGAGGCCAGAGACCUAGCUGAAGGCCAAAUGGUAGUUGGUGAGAGGUUGUUGGAUCUGUUUGUAGAUAAGGUUACCUGCCAGGUGAGUAUUGCGGUCCUUUUAGAUUGGAGAUCUACAGGAGGCUUGCUGUUAGGGUGUGCUGAGUUGGGCUUACUCCCAGUCAGAGGAAAAAGGCCUGGGCUGUCCAUUGUCCAGGGUGCUUGAUGUCCGAGCUGUGUGACAGGAACAGCUUGUCAUUGGUGAGACGGCAUCCUUUGCUCUCUCUUUCUCUAUCCCCUCUCCCUCUUUCCUUCUCUCUCUAUGCUCGGAAGUGGCAUCAGACUCUGCAUCCUGUGGGCUGGGCUGGAGCUAAAGCUGUCACAGGAGGGGGUGUGGGGCCCCAGACAGCCUGAAUGACUCCCGUGGCUGUGGGAGCUCACUGAGCAGGUGAUGCUGCAGAGGUGUGGAAGGCUCUCUUCAUCCUUUCCUUGCCUGAAUUGUGUGGAGAGGAGAGGAC